AUGCAAAACGUUAGACUCGGCAAUAAUGCUAAACAGAAAGAAAGCAUUGAUGGUGAUUUAUCAUCAUUUCUACGGCAAAACCCAACACUGCCAAUAUCAAUGAACCAUCGGGCACCAAACAGAUCUAGAUUUGUUGCGGGGAACAUGAGUACCAACACCACUGGUAGCACUCUUAUAGUCGGGAAAAACAGCGUCACUUCCAGUGUUGGAGGGGUUGGAGCUAAAAACUUCUCGUCCAAUCCCCUACACAGACACAGAAUCCACCACAAUCGUGCAAACCUAGAAACAAAGUUUGCCAGAGUCAAGUCCCCCACACAUACCACUAACGUUCCAUCAUCUAGCGAUUCGGACGCAGAGUCUCCUAUACAGAUGCCUGUGUGGUUCCAUGAACUCCGAUCUUACUCAGAAGAUGUGAUUAUUGACCGGAAUGCUAUUCCUAACCUAAGAGUGGGAAAUUUGUAUGAAUUGGAACCUAUGGAGAAGACUGCAAACGCAAAACGGCCAAACAAGUACGUUUUUCUUGUACGAGAAUCCAACAUAUUGGGCAAGGAUGUGACAGAAUCACCGAAUACUUCAAGUGUCUCCACAGCGAAAGCCAAAACGAAUUUUCAAAUCUCUUUACUUUCGACCUUCCAGAAACUAUUGGACAUUCCUCCACGUUCUACUGUUCAAUUGAAAUGUAUCUCAAAUAUAGAAGAUGUUAUGCUUGAUACAGUCGAAAUAUAUCUCAAGGACGUUAAUUUUCCUAGAGAUUCGCAAUGGGGUCUCGCAUCGUCCAUGGUUGGAAGUUGUUGCUACGUCAAUCAGAGAGUGUCAUUUUCUGGAAACCGGAUAGGUUACAUUAAUACGCUAUAUAAGGACGGACGCCUGUUAUUCAGCGGAUACAUUGGCAUCAAGACGAAUAUCGUUUUUCGCUCCGAAAGUGCAAAGCUAGUCUUUCUAGUUCAAAUGUCAAGAGAAAUGUGGCACUUUGAAGAAAACGGCGAGAUAAUGUUUCACAAGCUAGUGAAUGCGUUAUUUCCCAAAAUUUUUAAGAAGUGGAGGGCCAACAAUUCUCAUCAUUCCAUCACAAUUGUGCUUUUCACUAGUGUGGAUUUGACAUACACACCUUGGAUAUCUUUGGGUGGAGGAGAAAGACCAUCGAACUGUCAAGAUUACUACCGUGUGGUUGUAGAUCAAGUCAGUGUGUUUGUGUGGGAUAAAAUAAUGGCAGCGCUACGUCUUGAAUUUGCAAACUUUAAGAGAGACAUAUUACUACAUCUUGAAGACAACAAGUAUCAAAUCAAGGGAGAACCAUGCCCUGCAGUGAAAGGAAACUUAUUGGAGGCGAUAAAUUUAAGUUUGAGCCUUGUGUCGGACCGAUUUCGAAAUACAGACCUCAGACAUUCCGUGAACCACUUGGUGGUUAUUACCCCUGGAACGGGAAUUUUUGAUGUUGAUUUUGAUCAAUUAAGCGAUACUUCAAGAAAGAUGUUGAGUCUUGAUAUCGCUUUGGAUAUCGUUUCUUUGAGCCAACAACCAUUGCAUACAGUUCCUCUUUUCAGAUACAGAGAUGCAGAAGGGAAAGUAAAUCAUUGUGUUCCCAAGUGGUGCGAUGUCUCUUACUACGCCGGAGAAGUCGGGAGCUCAUUUCAUUGGAUUCCUAGGUGUAAGAUCUACGAACUUCAAAUGAUGGGUGUCAUGGAGAAUGAGAUCAAUGAAAUACAAAUUGAGAGAUUGAACUUCAAGGACAAUAGCAGGGUAAUCGAAUCGAUGGACAAGUAUGACGAAGCACUAUUCAAACCUGUCAAUUCCAGGCCCCUCCACUCUUUUUCAGAAAGCACAAUGAAGGGUAAGAUUUCAAAACCAGUUGUUAAGAAAGAAGCCACGGGCUCUCUCUUUCUAAUGGGAAGUAGACCAGCUCCUUCAAAAUUAAACAUAUCAUCAUCCAGGACUAAUGUUUCCGAGACGCAUUCUUCCGUCCAAGGUACUGUGACGAAUACGUCUACGACAAACUCAGCUUUAUCAUCCCUAUACACAUUGAAUAAAUCCAACGAUGAUUCUAAUCAAAAAACAGCAGGUGUUAAAGCCCUCCCUUCAAAACCACUCCAAAUGAACAGCCAACAUCAACUGAAACUAAUGGAAGUCAAAACUACACCGUCGUCGACACUUGAUGCAAUUCGUUCAAGUAAGAAAAUAAGGAGUCAAAAGAGAAGCAAUGCGGAAAAGGCUACUGCAAAAAAGAAAUCUUUCACAGAUACAACAGAUUAUAGAAGCGACUUGGAUAGCCAAUACUGGCUAAAUAUUGAAAAUCCAUCACAACAAUCGCUGUCUUAUGCUGAUAUUUGGGGAAGAUGGUCUCACGUAUUGCCCCCAAAAAUUCGGAGAAGAAUGUUCAAGUGGAGGUCCUUAAAGGCACCAGCGGCACUUCCCAUAUCGACUUCGUUAUUUCCCACUAGCACCCAAUUGCAAACGGACUACACUCUCCAAAACUACAUCAUUACAUUGAACUUUGAGAACAACCUUGAGCUUAAGACGACUCGAGAAUUAAUGCGAGAAAUGAUUGGAUUGCGGCUCGCUAUGGGCUUUCAAGUUUGCUUCGGCGAGAAUAUUGAUAGAAUAGAAGCCGAGAGAAAACCACUUGGGAACCCGGCGAGUAUCAUAAAGUACUUCCCAACAGACGACUGUACGGGAAAGAAGAUGUACUUGUCGAUAAAUGAUGAAGUACACAGCAUCUUUUGUGACUAUGACGGGACAUUGAACGUACAAAUGUAUCGUAAAAUUGAAAAAAAAGACCCUAGCAAAAUAUCCUUGGGAUCAAGGAGACCUCACAGCGAUGAAAAUGCCGUCAUUCGAACUAGAUAUGCAGAUGAGUACACUCCUUUAAAAAUCGACUUGCAAAAUAUCAAACCACCAACUUUCAAUUGGAAUCAAUUUGAUCAGCUACUUGCUGGGUAUGAUGAUGCAAUCACAGGAGAGAAGGCAUAUCAUAAGAUGAAGUUUGUGGUAAUGCCCGGUGACAUUCCUCCAAAUGCUCACCACAUAAACAAUGAGAACCUUAGCGAUGAAGAGAUAAGAGUUGAGGGCCUCCGGAAACUAAUUGCUCUAAUCGAACGAGGAAAGUACGUACAGCCCGAAAAACAGGAGAAGAAGUCUAAAAAAGAAGAGAUACUCCCCGAAAUCCUCUUCUAUACGGGUAACUUGUAUGACUUCCUUGGAGAGCAAGCUGAAUAUUUCAACGUAAGUGGAACAAAACCCGACAACUCAUUGAUGGUAGAUGGACUGAGAUUCAACACGAAUAUUAAACUUCAAUCAUUGGCACAAGAAUUACAAGCGCCCGCCCCUGCUGGUCUUAGAUUGGUUGAUAGAACCUGGCACUUCAAACUUCAUCCGCACUGUUUCCUUGGAAAUGAGAUGGUAUCUUGGCUUUUAGAAGCAUUCGACGACAUUGAUAGCAGGGAGGAGGCAACACAAUACGGCCAAAGUUUAAUGGAGAGGGGCCUUUUCCGACACGUGGAAAACCGGCACGGUUUCUUAGAUGGCCACUAUUUCUACGAGUUUGAAGAUGACUAUGUGGACAAUUCCUACAAAUCUAGGUCAAGCACUUCUGGAUGGUUUAGGAAAAAAGGUGGACACGAUGGGCAAGAUCAGUCACAACCACUGCCUACAACACCAGUCAGCAGUAAUGCAAACCAGAGACGUAACUCUGAUAAUGAAUCAGCUUUAUCAGGCACUGAGUCAAAUCCAGAUUUACGUCGUGUCAUCUCGCAGAAUUUGCAAAUUGACAGCGAUUCUUCUUCAUUAACCGACUCACAAAAGUUGAGAAGAAAAAAGAAGUUUAUGAUAAGCAAGCAUGUCAAAUACAAUUGCGAUCCAUUACGAAAAUCUUUUAGACCGGAGCUAUUAGAUGUCCAUUAUGACUGUGUGCAUAAUCCUGAGCACUGUUACCACAUUCGGCUACAAUGGUUGAAUACCAGUACCAAAUUUAUCGAUGAAACAAUCAUCAAUUGGUCCCGGGUAUGCGAACGGUAUGGCCUUAAAUUAGUGGAAACCCCUUGGAGUGAGUUAUGUAUUAUCCCCAAUUUGAACCCCUUCCAUUCAUUUGUGGAUUUGAAGCUCGUGCUAAACCCUUUGACUGAUCCGGAGUUCAUGAACAAUGACGUGCUCAAGACUAAUAAGUUCUAUUACCACUUGCAUCUACUAAAAAAAGCUGGCUUUCUUUUGGACAACCGCGGCACAAGGUUUUUUAAGAAGGAUAACGUCGAAAUAUGCUACAGUUGGGGGAUGCCCUCAUUCAAGUAUGCCCAGUUCAUUCAUAAGACAGGAUCAUAUAUCGUGGAGUUGAGAGACAAUGGCGAUUUCUUCAUGGCACCUAACAAUGUUCAUAUCCUACGGGUUAAUACUCUCGUUUCUUCCAUGCCUGAGCUGAGCAGCAAGUUCAACGCUCUUGAUUCACAGAAAGUCAUGCUUGAUUUUCGAGAGAGUUGCAGGAGCAAGAAGUACUUGAGAGAAGUAUUUCGGGAAGCAAGCAAAAACUUGAAGGAGGAGUACAAUGCUGACUUCUUACUUUAUACGUAA